UUUAGUGCAAUAACAUAAACAUAGUGAUAGGUUAAAAUAAUGUCAGGACAUUUUCAGCCUUUAACUCCAGUUCGUGUGCUAAGAAAGCUCAAAAAGUUAUCUUUGCCAAAAGAGGGUCAACAAUACGUGAUAAAUCGUAACCCACGAAAUCUGGAAAAAUUACGUGUUGCUUAUAAACCAAAUGGUUAUUUGUUGGAAAAACCUGGUCGUUCUUAUUGGCACAAGUUGGAACUAAAUAUUACUAAUCGUUAUAUUUCAGCUGAAGUAAAGCAUUUCGAAAAUGGUCCAGUAGUAACAGCCAGUUCAUCAGAGUGGGCAAUUAAAAAACAGUUAUUUAAAACGAACGAUGCUAGCGCAUAUAUAAAUACCGCACGAGUGUUUGCGCAACGUUGCCUUCGAUCAGGAAUAACUGAAAUUAUGUGUAAGAUAGAAACAUAUAUGACAUAUGGAAACUCCACUACAACAUCACCAAAAUAA